AUGAUGGAGUUUAAUGAUACUGAAACAGAUAUUACAUUAAAAAUAACUAAUAAAGCAUUCAAACAAUUUAUUAAAAUUCUUUCUCAUCAACAAUCUUCUAAUAAUGAUUAUUUGGUAACAAAGAUAAGUAAAAUGGAAGAAAAUAAUAUAAAAAUAUUUGGAAAAAUCCAGAAACUUGAAGACAUUUUAAAUUCUCACAAUAGAGCGGUUUUUUAUAAUUUAAAAAUAAUCGAAAAUGGUAUUGAAAAUAUUGCUGAAAUGAUUGAGAAUAAAAAUCAUAGAGAAGAAAGCCGUUCCAUUACAUUGGAUAAAUUAAUGGAGACUAGUCUUUAUUCGUGUUCUUCAUAUGAUGGUUUUGAAGAUAAAGAGAAUAUAAAUCCAAAUAUAUAUGAUUCAAAUAGUGAGAACUUAAUUGAUAAUUUUUCUUCUAGUGAUGGAAACUUGGAAAAUGAAACAAAUGAUAUUCAAUCUUCUUCAAUUUCUACUACAGAUAGUGUCAUUGUUAAUUGUAGGGAGAAUAAAAGUUCAACAGAUACAAAUGUUUUUUUUAAAAAAAUAAACAAUAAUUAUGGAAAUGAAAUUUGUAAUGAAACAGACUUAAAUAAUUUUAAUUGUAAUGACCGUAAAAUAGUAUCAAAAAACAAAGAAGAUAAUAAUGAAUUGGAAGACACAAAUAUAAUUUAUCAUAAGUUAUCAUCUGCUUAUACAAUCAAAAACAGUGAAGAGAGAUACAAAAUAUUUCAUACUUUUAAUAAAUAUCUUGAAACAUCUAAUCUACAAGUCACUGAUGGAUAG